GCUUCUACCCCAUGGAAAAACCCCAAAAAGCGACAAAAGCAUACUUGCCCUGUACCAAUAUGCAAAAAGUCAGUGGUACAYCUUCCCCGCCACCUAACUAAAACUCACAAAUGGAGUCGUGAAAAAGCUUUGGAAGCAAUGUCUCUUUUUAAUCUAAGGGCAAGGGCAAAGAAAACACCCUGCCCAGUCAAAGGGUGUAGGCUAUCAGCAGUUGAUAUGCAUAGGCAUUUAAAAUUGCGGCAUAGCAUGAGCGAGAAAGAAGCAGAAAUAACUAUGUCCUUGAAACCUAAAAUCCAGARCAAAGAAGAAGAGAAUGCAACAGUCAAGAAAAGGGAAUUUAAGCRUAGGGUGUGCCCCUAUCCUGAUUGUAAUCUCGUCGUACGAAGAAUACAUAACCACCUGAGAGAUAAGCACAAGCUUUCUAGACAUGAUCCAUGUUACAGAGAGUAUUUGAAGAGCGCAAGAUUUGAAGAACUCAACGAAGAUCUAGAUCCAGUUUCAAUUUUUUCUGCAUCGUCAUCGUCAGGCAAGGAAAGUGAUGCUGAAUCACAAGUAGAUGAUUAUAAUAAUGAAGACCAAAAUAGUACAACGACAUCCUCAUUGUUGUGUGAUGAAGAAGACGCAUUAGCAAAGCUCAUUCGUAACAAGUCUGAAAAAGCCAAAGCUAUCAUGAGAUUUGGCUGCAAGGAGGUUGAUGCUAAAACAAAAGAAAUGGAAUCCAGUUUCACUUUCAGUGAGUCGCAUUCUUCAACACCGUCAAGAAAGACACACAAAAGACAAAAGGAAGUGGUGAUUUCUUCAGAAGAUGAGGAUGAAAACGAAGAAAAUGAAGAACACAUUCAAAAUGAUCAAGCUGGAAGUGACCCAGGUAUUAUCCCCCCCUCACCAAAUACAAAUGAGCGAAGAAGUGUUGUUUUUAAACAGAUACUUAACAGAGUUCAUGGCAAAGAACCUCUGUAUCUUCCUACUCGACAAAAUGCAUUACCAGRAGAACAAUCUAUUCCAAUCAUAUGGAAUAAAACAAGCGGAAAAACACAACUAAAUGCCAGUGAUAAAGGAACAGUGAAAGAUAAGUGUUCUGGCUCUGAAACUUCCAAGAUUACUUUAGAGCGCCCCAAGAGGAAAAUUGCAGCUACCAUAGGUAGGCUUGAUUCAGAGKCUUACUCUAUUAGUAGUSGUAAUAGCUAUGAUGACGAGGAGUAUGAACCCACAGAGGAAAGYGAUGAAAGUGAGGGGGAUGAGUGGGAAGAUGAAGAGGAAUUGGAAUUAAAUGAUAACAGAGAAGCUAGUGCUGCUGCAUGUGGGAAUUCAAAGACAGAACAAACCCUUGAAGAUUUCAAGAAUUGGUUGCAAGGAAUAGACGGCGGUCGAAGGGAACUACGAACAGCAAGGCAGUAUGUAUCUCAGGUUUCUACUAUAAUCAGCUGUGUUGAUCCUAUUAACCGAAAUGUUUCUUCACUAUUGAACRAGAAAGACAUCCGAGAUAAAUGGUUAGCCAAGAUGGAAAAAGUUAAAAAGCCUGGGACCUGCAAAGCUUAUUUGGGUUCCCUUUCAAGAUUUCUGAGAUUCAUCAUUGUUGAGAGGCCGAGGGGUCUAGAAGCAAUAAAAGAUCAGGCUUCCAAGGUUCGUGAACAAGUCCAAGAGUGGAUGUGCUCCUUUAAAGCCCCAUUAGCUGAAAGAAGAUGGGAAAAGCUGAGAGAAGACUUCGAGAAGCUAAUCAAGCCUGAAGACGUGCAAAACUUUAAUAAAUCAGAGCAUGCCAGGAAGGCAGUUUCCACCCUGGGACAAUAUAUGGAAAAGAGUGCGCCCCCUUCACCAGCCCAGAGUGAUUAUUGCCUUGUUAGAGAUCAUCUCACAACGCUUUUAUGCAUUGAAAAUGCCUGUAGAGCAGGGCCGCUCUCCAACAUGACCCUUGGGGAAUUGGAAAACGCUAAACAAGAUGGAGAUCAAGUGGUUGUCACGGUCAUGAAACACAAGAAUCUAAUUUCUCACGGUCCAGCUGCAGUGGUACUAAGUCCUACUGUUCUUAAGUGGUUGAAUGCUUUUGUGAAGUACAUGCGAAACAAGCUACCAGGGGCUGGUACCAGCAAACAAGAUAAAGUAUUCAUCAGUUGGAUGGCAAAACCAAUGUCGUCAUCUAUGAUUUCGGCCCAACUGAACUCCUGCUGGCAUAAAGCUGGUGGGAAAAAGCUUGAUAGSGUGAAUGCAGCAUCAUUCYGAAAGGCAGCAGUAUCUGUGGUUCAUGAAGAGCAUGGACACUUAAAGGAUGAUCUGGCUGAUCUGAUGGGCCAUCACACCAAGACAGCAGAGAAGUUCUACCGAAUUCGUCAAAAGACAAAAAACGCUGCUAAAACAUCGGAGGCCCUUAGGAAGAUCAUGUACACUCCACGUAAUGGAUCAGAAAGAACAAAAGGAGUUUCUAAAGAGACCAGCCAAAACAUGAUAUCACCAGCAAAACAACAAGGCCAAGAACUUCAAAUCAGCAUGGCUGCUUCCAAGAUCGACUUUGAAGAGAAGGGAGUCCAGGAGAAGUCUGUAGCAGGAAAUUCAGAAGAGACAGUAACAACGAGGAGACACCAGUGGACUGAAAAAGAAAAUUCUGCCAUUGCUACCAUUUUUGCAAAUGAUAUACAGAAGAAAUGCAUAACAGUGGAAAAGGUAAAGGCCAAAAUUGAAGGCAAUGCGCUCUUYGGGAAAAUAGCACCUGMUAAAAUAGUUGACAAGGUCAGGUCCUUAAUCAGGGMACAGAAAAGCAAYGAAAAGGCAUCAGCAGAGCUUCCGACUGAGACAGAAACGACGCAGCAAAGAGUACAGCGUACACUGAACGAYGACGACAAUGUUUCCUUAUAUACUUCUGGUGUAAGCAAGAAAGGUGGAGCAACCUUCACAGAUGAUCAGACGGAGAUAUAUUGGAGGUUGUUUAGAGACUUGAUUGAAAGCAAUGCCAGAGUUGACAGACAAACAGUCUCAAAAAGAAUAGAARAGGACGAGGAAGCAAGAGAAGCAAUAGUAGGGUUUACACCUCAGCAGCUCUGCGACAAGAUCCGCACAGAGCGUAGAAAAAUUGCUAGGAGUGCUGUCAAAAGGGAGGUUGUGUCUGGUCGCUUCUAAAGUUACUUAUGACAAAAACAUUUAACACAGAGGGUUUAAGCAACUGAGUUAUUAUAUCGUUUUAUUACAACUGUUGUUGAUUUUAUUCAUGAGUUGAAKAGUUGAAGUUAAACCGAAGUUUUAAGCAUCAAACGUUGUUAGGUACAGUUUACAUAUUGCAUUGGUGAGGCACAGUCGCGCAAUGUUAUGCCUGCAUGCGAACGCCAAAUGGAUAUUAUGUCUGUUGUCAGUUACYGUUAAUAUUGUUAAUAGCUUGUGCAUUUAAUAUGAUUUUACGCUAAAACAUAAGUGCUCUGUUACAGAUUUUCUGCACAAAUAAGUCCGUUAUAAGCCAUCAAACAAGGAAAUGUAGUAGUUGUUUUUACUGCGUUUUUACACCGUGUUCCUUUUCGUAACCUCUUACUUAUAACGGUAAAAAAAUCAGAAAAAGGGUUGUCGUGAAAUGCCUGUAAUUGUUACAUUCAUUAAAGAUUAACAUAUCAGGAAACACCAUAGAAACCAAAACAAAAAGCAUUUAAAUCAUUUAAAAACUGAUAU